CAGGUCUCAUUUCACCACUUCAGUAAUCCCAUUGAAUACGAUGUUGACACGCGAGCAAGUCCAGUUCUAUGCAGAGCACGGGUACUUGAUUGUGGAAGGAUUCCUGACAGAGAGAGAAAUCGGCCUUUACCGCGAGGAGUCGGAGUUGCUGGUGAACCACUGCUACGAGUGCGGUGACUUGGUCGAUAGCUGGGGAUGCAUAGUGGAGCCGCUUGGGUCUGGCUACCUGGACACUGCUCAAAUAACAAAUACAGUCAGAUCAGACCGCAGUUUUUACGAGCAGGCUCGCUCUCAGAUACACAAGGGCGACCUGGUCACUUGCACUCUACUAAAGUACGGCCAGUGCGCAAUGCAGCUUCUCAACAAGACAGACACCGCGUAUCUUUUGAACGAGCAGUACAUCGUGAAGCCGCCUCGGUCAAAGACAAAGUUCGAGUGGCACCAGGAUAUUCUGUACUUCAAACCCGAGGAGCGCAAGCACGCAAUUGUCAGCGCGUGGUCGCCUUUGGACAACGUCAGUGAAGGCAACGGCACAGUCUGUGUAGAGCCGAACAAACGGUCUGGGAAGCAGCCGUUCUGGGCGAAUAUGGCAGCAGGCAGUGUCCUGUUCAUGGAUGGACGGUUGCGACACUGCAGCUCGGGCAACACUUCAGCCAAUUCUCUGGCGGCUCCUGUUGUCAAUAGCAGCGGCGGCCUGGUAGCAUUUGGUGUGCCAGUAUGAAACAGAAACAACGUUGAUUAUGAAUAGAAGAGUGGGCCAGAUUUAGUCCUUAGCG